AUGAACUCCAUUGAUUCGCAAGCCCAUCACACCUCUCUAACAGUUAGCCCGCAUCAGCCUCAGCACAGAAGCGCACAGGAAGCACCGGAGAUGGCCGUUUAUUGCGACAACUUCAGCAUGUAUCACCAGCAGAGCCUACACGGAGCGCAAAGACCGAGCGGUUACGGGCUGGGGGACUACACGUCCUCCUCAAACCCGUACCUGUGGCUGAACGGACCGGCUGUCAACUCCUCGACGCCCUACCUCCACGGAAACAACGCUGGCCCGUUCAUGCCACCGUCCUACGGGUCACAGCGGCAGUUUCUGCCCAACUCGUCGGGAUUCGCGGGCGCGGACUUGGGUUGGCUGUCGGUUGCCAGUCAGGAGGAGCUGCUGAAGCUCGUGCGCCCGCCGUACUCCUACUCGGCGCUCAUCGCCAUGGCCAUUCAGAACGCGCACGAGAAGAAGCUCACCCUGAGUCAGAUCUACCAGUACGUGGCGGACAACUUUCCUUUCUAUAAGAAAAGCAAAGCCGGCUGGCAGAACUCCAUCCGACACAAUCUAUCGCUGAACGACUGCUUCAAGAAGGUGCCCCGAGACGAGGAUGACCCAGGAAAGGGUAACUACUGGACGUUGGACCCUAACUGCGAGAAAAUGUUCGACAACGGAAACUUCCGCAGAAAGAGGAAGCGCCGGUCGGACUCCAGCAACGGGGUGUCUGUCAACACUAAAGUGGAGGAAGGCCGAUCUGCUCCGGUCAUCAAGUCUUCCGACAGCCCGCCUCUUAUGGAGCCUUCCUCUCCGGAGCUGGACUCCGGCGAAGACCAAAAAAGCGCGUCGCCACCGGGACUAUCCGCUGCGCCGUGUUUUAAUAAUUUCUUCAGCAACAUGUCCGCGCUCGGCUCUGGCCCCCCCGGCAGGCAAGCCUCCCUCGGACUGGUGAACGAGCUGUCAAGCCGUAACAUCACGGCCGCCAGCCCCUACCACACAAAUUCUUCUCAGGAUAGCGGGGGCACCGAGAUUUCGGACGGCCUGCACCUCAACCGUGGCGUCUACUACAACUCUUUCAGCAGCGGGCAGAGCGGACCGUUCAACGGACACUUCUACAACAGCUUCAGCGUGAACAGUUUGAUAUACCCAAGGGAGGGGACAGAGGUGUAGAAAAUGCAGGCAAAUGUUUUAGUUGUAGCGCGAGUGGAGACGUGACUGGGUGGCAUUCCCACGCACCCGGACCACUGUUUCUCACAAUCUGCAAAUCGUGGACACUGUGGCGCAGUGACAGAAAAGAAAGAAAGAAAAAAAGCUCGCAAUUAACUGCGCUUAACGAGAUUCGCCUGGGUGGUCCCGAGAGUCAACGCAGAUUACGCACCAAACCACCGCUUUUAUAUUAAACAGGACACAAUUGCGAGACAGGUGUCCUGUCAAGUAGUAUUCCAAAACGUCCAAGACUAGCCAAGCACUUGAGCAACAACCCACUCUCGAGUCACUCCUCGCGACAGACAGAUACUGUUAUACUAACUUAUACUCGGUGUAAGAUGUGCCUUGAUGUCAACACUGUUUUGUAUGCGCCAGAACUGACAUCUGGCGAUCAAACAAACGAAUAAACCAAAUAUCCUGUU